AUGGUGUCGGUAUCGCAUCUUCAGUUUGCGGAUGAUACUCUUUUGCUAGGGGUUAAAAGUUGGGCAAAUGUUCGGGCUUUGCGAGCUGUUCUAGUGCUAUUUGAGACUAUGUCGGGUUUGAAAGUCAAUUUUAAUAAAAGCAUGUUGGUUGGGGUUAAUAUUUCGGAUUCCUGGUUGGGCGAAGCUGCGUCUGUUCUGUGCUGUAAGGUGGGAAAGAUCCCUUUCCUGUAUUUGGGUCUUCAGAUCGGGGGCGAUCCGAGGCGACUGAGUUUUUGGGACCCGGUGUUGUGCCGAAUAAAGAAUAGAUUAUCUGGGUGGAAGAGCCGCUUCUUGUCUUUUGGUGGCCGUCUGGCUACUUCUUUGGACAGGUGGCAGUGGCAGCCUGAUCCUGAUUCAGGGUAUACUGUUAGGGGGGCUUAUCAGCUUCUGAUAUCUCAUGCUUUAGUCACUAUGGAUGCUGCGGAUAAUCUUAUUUGGCACCCACAGGUCCCUUUGAAGGUUUCCAUUCUUGCGUGGCGUUUACUGCGAGACAGGUUGCCUACGAGAGUGAAUCUGGUUACUCGCAGGGUUUUAUCUCCUAUAGCCCACACGUGUGUUUUUGGGUGUGGUGAGGCUGAGUCGGCUCAUCAUUUAUUCAUAUCUUGCGGUUUUGCUGGCUCUCUUUGGGAUUUAGUGCGGUCAUGGAUUGACAUUCCUUUGGUGGAGUUUGUUUCUUUGCGUGAUAACUUUAUUCAGUUCACAUCCUCAGCAGGUGGAUCUCGAGCGCGCCGUUCUUUCCUUCAGCUCAUCUGGCUUGCUUGCGUUUGGGUCGUAUGGACGGAGAGAAAUCAUCGACUGUUCCGAGGAUCAGCAGACAGCAGAUAUGCCCCAUGUUUUGUUGGACAAGAUCAAACUGUUCUCAUUUAG